UGCGUGCUUGAGUAUUAGCUAGAUUUCGGUACAGUUGAACAAUUAACUUUGUCGUGAAUUCUGUCAUUAGAAUCGAGUGCAUGUAAAGGUGUCAUGAUUUAGAGGUGCAUAACGUAGAGCGCUCAAUGUUUUUUUUGUAUUUACAGUAAAGUACAUAACAUCUGAAAGACUGUACAGUAGCAUCUCUAAACGCCGAGUCUGUGUCUUUAAUGAGUGUAUCGACUGUAGAAUGAUGUCAGUCUGCGGCUAUGCGCACAGUUCAUAUAGCGUCCAUGUGAGCGUCAUUCACUUCCUGCACAAGGAUACAUUGGGGAGAGAGAGAGAGCAGCGAGAGAGAGAGAGCGCCGGGGGCGAGCAGGCAAGAUAGGAGAGCGAGCAAGCAAACGAGGUGAACUCGGGGCCUGCCUAUGCUACAGACGGAACCUGGAAACUUUACAUCGCAAGAAAUAAAGCUGUGCCCGCUACUGACAGCAACCUUUUAUGGAGGAGCGACCAUAUCGGAUGCUGCAUUGAUUGCACACAGAGAGCCUCCCACUCCCUUCAUCACUGAUGCGCUCUCUCCAGCUGCAGCAGCACUUGUUGAAUUCAGCCCUGGGAGAGACAGAGACCGAGGGAGAAAGAGAGAGAGAGAAAGAGCGUGAGGGUGAGUGAAAGGAGAGAGAGAGCGAGGGAGAAGAUCUUUAAAAGAGAGAAACAGUGGGAGAGGGAAAAGCUCAGAGCGCUGAGUGAGACAGAGCAAGGCUUUGAGACAGAUGAAGAGCAUCAGAGCGCUUUUUUCUCUCUCCUCCCUUCUUCUCUUCUGGUCCUGGCGUGCGGAAGCUUCAUGAUGUCCCUUUCUCUGGCCUUGUCAGUGGUGACUCUCUGAAGCCUCUUCCUCCUCCUCCUCCUCCUCUUUCUCCACCACCAUGUCCCAGCUGCUCCACUUGGAGAUCCCCAACUUCGGCAGCACGGUGCUGGGCUCCCUCAAUGAGCAGCGCCUGCUCGGUCAGUACUGUGAUGUCUCCAUCCUGGUUAAAGGCCAGGCCUUCAAGGCCCACCGGGCUGUACUAGCCGCCAGCAGCCUCUACUUCCGAGACCUGUUUAGCAGCUCGUCCAAGAGCCAGUUUGAGCUGCCCUCGUCGGUGACUCCCGCCUGCUUCCAGCUGAUAUUAUCCUUCUGCUACACGGGAAAGCUGACCAUGGCAGCCAGUGAGCAGCUGGUGGUGAUGUACACCGCUGGGUAUCUUCAAAUCCAGCAUAUUGUGGAGCGGGGCAUGGACCUGAUGUUUAAGGCCAACUCGCCCCACUGUGACUCUCAGACGGCAGCCAUGGAGGAGCAGCAACCAGGCUCAGAGCCCCAGAGCCCCAGUAACAACACACUGGCCGGGUCAGGGACGUCCAUCCUGGGGCCGCCGGGCUGGUCCCCCUCCCUGGUGCAGCCCACGCGGAGGAUCAAACUGGAGGGGUGCGAUCCGUUGCCCAGCCUGAGUCACCAUAAGAAAGGGUCCUCUUCAUCUGAGCUGGGAGGGCGGCUCUCCAAGGGAAGCUCAUUGUUCUACACGGGGGCGGGGGGAACCACCAUCUUCCCGGGGAUGCAGCCCUAUCCAGUGGCAGGGGGAGAGAGGUCCAGUCCUGGGGCCUCCAGCCUGCCUACCACGGACAGCCCAACCUCCUACCAGAAUGAGGAUGAGGAGUUUGAGGAAGAGCCGUAUGACGGGAUCACGGAAGAGGCCUACAGUCAGAUCUAUGGGCGCUCAGCCAACCCAUACGGAAUCCAGGAAAAGCCAGAGAUGGCAGCCAUGCCCCUGUCCCUGGAGAGCCGCUCCUGUGUGCUGAUCCGUAGGGACCUGGUGGCCCUGCCCGCCAGCCUCGUCAGCCAGAUCGGCUACCGCUGCCACCCCAAGCUCUACACCGAAGGAGACCCGGGGGAGAAACUGGAGCUGGUGGGAGGUACAUCUGUGUUUAUGACACGGGGCCAGCUAAUGAACUGUCACCUGUGUGCUGGCAUCAAACACAAAGUCCUACUGCGUCGCCUGCUCGCCACCUUCUUCGACAGGAACACCCUGGCUAACAGUUGUGGGACUGGCAUCCGCUCUUCCACCAGUGACCCCAGUAGGAAACCUCUGGACAGCCGUGUGCUCAACGCUGUCAAACUCUACUGUCAGAACUUUGCACCCAACUUCAAAGAGAGUGAGAUGAACGUGAUCGCCGCAGACAUGUGCACCAACGCGCGGCGCGUUCGCAAACGCUGGCUGCCCAAGAUCAAGUCCAUGCUGCCUGAUGGUAUGGAGGUCUACCGGGCCGGUGUAGGGGUGGCUGCUGGUGUGGGCCUGGGCCUGGCCCUGGGAGCCGCCGGACCUGGGGUGGUGCUCCCCUUCGAAACCGAUUUUAAAUCCCUGACCCCCUCUAGCCUGUCCCUGGACCAGAGGCUGUACUCGGAGCAGAAGGACCCACGCAGGACUCACUCUCUGUUGGACACAGUCAGCCCAGGGUUGGGGGAGGCUGGAGGGGAGGGAGUGGACGCAGAAAUUGUCGGUCCCCAGGCAGGGGAGGAGGAACAGGAGGAAGAGGAGGAGGAGGAGGAGGCUGGGUUGGAGGGGGCCUUGAUGCCGGGAGGCGAGGCCGGGGGGCGGGGUGACAUGGCCCCAGGACAGGAAGGGAAGGAGUUAGGAGAGGACCUGAGAAUGAACGGGCAGUGAACAUCCUCUGGCGUCUAUCUCUGAUCCAUCCACCGCCACACUUUCUUUCACUCGCUCUUUCUCUCCUCUUCCACCCCUCCUCCUCCUCCGCCCUUUCCUAAGGUAACCUCUCAGUACAAAAAGCCAUGCUCUCAGAACUUACAGUACAACACACACACACGGUGUAUUCUUUAGCAGGGCAGGGAGUACAAGAUGUGUUAUGUUGAACAGACACAAGCAUUGCUGGGGAACAAACAGAAUUACUUAGCGAGAAUUAAAAAAUCUCUCAUUUGAACAUGGAAGAACUUUACUUUAGACCUGAGACAUCAGGUAAUUUUCUCCGGACUAUUUUUAGUAUUCAUCUUCAAGACCACAUUGUAGUUAAAACUGAAAUAAGUAACACUGUUGUGUUAUCCUUCCUGCAUAGUUGUAGAACUUGCUACACAACAGUAACAGUUACUGUACAUCUAUGGAGUGUGGGUCAGAUAAGACUGUAAAAUGAUAGUCCUCUUUCUAGGAAAGCAGCAUGGGUUCUAUAAAUAACCUAAGUAACCUUGAAACAGAUCACACUACACUGGGGGUGUGAGAGACUAAACAUACAGUACUCUACAGGAGCAACAUGGCUCAGUGUAUUUAAUACAAUUUACCAUAUUCCUUCUUAGAGUGCCACACAAAUUCUUGGAAGAUAUAAUACGAUCUCGUUGCAACAUACAGCAAAUCAGUUGAACAAUUUCACGUUGGGAAAAAAAAAUAGCAUGUGAUGUUGUGAGAGAGAGAGAGAAGAAACUUUUAACCUCUCUUUGUGUUGCUUAAGGGUUGUGGUUUUCCACGCAAUUGAAAAGAUUAUCUGGAAACACGAAGAGCUUUUUGUCUAUGGAUCAUCCUUAGACAAGAUGACGUCAUCUUUGAUUGGCCAGUCAAUGCAAUGCCUGUGUCUUUUAACGGAUAGACGCACGUACAUACAAUACAUAUACACACACGCACAAUCACUGUUUCCCACACACCUUGUGAUUUUAACCUCUAAUACAGUACUGAUGCAUCUGAGACUCUGACAAAUCAGAUUAACAGUGCUUUCAAACUUAGCAUACCCUUACAAUAGUACACAGUAACACAGACUGAGUCAUGGAAAUGUCAGAGACACGAACAUGCACUAACAGAAAGCUUGCAUGCAAAACGAAUACAGAGAUUCUAAAAUACAUCAACAACAGAGCCACUUAUGAAUAUGCAUACAGAAAAGAAACAACAGCUGCAGUUUCCUGAAGAUAUAUCAUUAAUAUGGAAGGAGGUACCUUUAUAUAUGCGUUUCUUUUCAGAGUCAUGCAUUUCGCCUGUGUUUCACCCAGGUUUGUUAACUUGGGUAUGGCCUGGCUUUCAUCUGGGGUGGAGGGCACUAGAGACAUGCUGAAUUGAGCAUACUACAUAGUAGUGAGGACUUCAAAGUGAGUUGCCGGUGAAAAGCACGGUUUUACUAGCGUCACGGCGUGCUCGAAAGGAUCAGCACUAAGACUACAGCACCCAGCCUACAGCUUUCUUGCAUCCGCUAUUUGUUUUUUGUAAUUUAUUGAAUGAAACUAAUAUGAUACAUUUCUGUUGGCUUAUUGCAUUUGCACUUGAAGAUGUUAUAGGAAGAGAUUGAUGGGGAGCUUAUGGAGAUGCCUAGACUGUUCUAAAGAAGUAGGCUAACUGAAAUUUGCCCCCAUAUCUCCUUGUUCGAUUGGAGGAUUUGAGGUUUGUGGACUUGGAUGGUCGGUCAUGCUGACGGCGACUGUUGCUCUACGGCAGGGGGGAGACGAGAGACAAAAUGUUGCACAGCGACAUUUACUAGUUUUGUUGCACUUUAGUUUUUAUAUAUUUUGUCUGUUCUCGCUCUGUUACUUUUUGCCAAAAGUAGGGAAGAAGUCUAUAAAUAGCUUCUAACGAAAAUGGUUGGUCGAUAACCCACCGGAAUAAGUUGCUUGGGGUAACACAUUGAUAGGCCUAUCAGACACCCACACGGUAUGUUGUAGUUUAUGAAUGUGUACUUGAUCAUAAGACCUGGGUAAAAACACAAGGUAAGGAGUGGUCCCAAAAACCUAAAUAAUCAACUUCCAAGACAAUAAUUUUAAUGGCCAGCCUUUUGAAAAGCCUUGCUUUGAAUUGUUGUCAUAUGUUAUUGUUCUAUAUUAAGUGAAAAUAAGAUUGAUCUGGUUUUAGAAGCGAAUAUCAAUGUAAAUCGACUACAGCCUACACUAAGCCACGAUUCAAGACGCUGGCAGUUAUCAUAUUGGCUUGGGAUCUCAUAACAACGAAACAACAAGAUCACAUUUCCUCUGUCAAAUUCAAAUGCUUUAUUAUAAGUGCCAUUUUUUAGAAUGGGCCCGUUAUGUUGUGUUGAAUAUCUAUAUGAUCCUGUUGUAUGGUUCUUUUGGGGAGGCAUUAACAUGGUCCGGUUUCUUUAAUAAGGAGCACAGGGUUAUAAUUGCACUAGGUAAUGAGAAAACAAAAAUGUUUACAAGAGUAUUUUUUGGAGAAAUGUGACCUGCAUAGGAGAAUAAGGCAGGGGAGGGGGAUUGGUGAAUGGGUGUGUGGGACUAUGGGUAAAUGUGAACUGUAGAACUGCUUCACCUAGCCUUGGUAGAGUACGGGAACAGUACUGUACAGUAAAAUACAGUAUCUUGGUACCACAAGAUAACUAUUUUCUAGCACCUUGUACAGUGUUGUAUGUACUCAUUUAAAAGUGGGCCAGAGAAUGGAAUAACAUGACACUUCUUUGAAAACAAAGGUGGGGUAUCUGACUUUCCCUCUAGAGGCCACUAGAGCUGCUGUGUGAUUUCAAUAAAGUAGCACUGUGAAAGUCUUCCAUUGUGGAAAAUCUCCAAAUAUACAGUCAAACUAGCAAUGUUUGUACUGUAGGCCUAUAUACUUAUUCUAUCCACAUCCCGACAAGAAACCAAUUAUCUUCCUUGUUCUCAAUCUCUAUUCAUCUAUAAGUAAACCUGUUGUUGCAAAUCACUAAUAAGAUAGGAAAGAUAGACUGUAAACCAAACCUGUAAUAUAGAGGUAAUAACUGCAAAUCGACUCCUUUGGUCAAUUUGCAUGUGCAACCACUACUGGCUCUAAGGGGAAGUGAAAUGGCUUUCCAGUAAAAUACUGUCAUUAGGGAGGUGAGUUUUCCUGUUCUGAAGAAGGGGCGGGGAUCAGUGCCUUAAUUGAGACUGCAGGGGGAGAGAGUGUUGUGCUUAGUCACCAUCUGUUUGCAUUGGGACAUCAACAAAUACAGAAACUAGCUUUAGAGUCCUAAUGACAUAAUGGAGAGUUUUAUGUACAGUUCUGAAUGCUAAGGUAAAUGAUGCUGACGGGAAAUAGGCUCUGUUUUCUCAGAAUACAUUGGCAGGUGAGGUUAGGAUGCAGGUGUCUUGCUUUUUCUUGGAAAAUAACCCCUAAGGCUUUAAGAACUGUGUUCUUGUAAGCAAAUAUUAAUAAUGACUUUGGACUUAUGCCCCGAACCAUUUGCCUUCCUAAAUCUCAGCAAAACAUGUGUAAACUCGAGAAAAACAAUACUGUGACAUUUUGCAUGGAACUGCUUGUAUAGGUCUAGAGAAUCUGACAGACUACAAUAGUGACAUAUUAUCACAUAUAUUAGAAACCUUUGUUAGUUUCAUGCUACUGGAUCGUAUAACAACCAGGUUUACUCCAUGACUUGUCAGUAGUGGUCUAUACUGCUUGAGUGGCAGGUUAUUUAGUUAUUGGUGUCACUUUGUUAUUUCAAAACCAUCUGGAUAACAUGUGAACUUGAUAAAUCUGCAAGAUAUAUCACACACUCAAACAGUUAUCACCAUAAAUGUCCACAAAGACUGGAAAAGCUUCAGAUGGCCCAUGGAGAAGGCUACAGUAGUACAGACUUUCACCCAUAGGAGCCCUUAUGUACAUUCUCUUUGUUUAUUUACCUUUUUUAAUGCUUCAACUUGUUUAUAUCUGAUCCGCUUCCUGCCUGCCUUUCUGCAUCUUAUGUACCUGAUUCUUUCCAAGCCCCCAAAAAACACCCUCACAAACUGUACUCUUAGCUCUCGCCCUAACGUCUUUUUGUGGGGGUGAAGUUGGAAAUGAAAUGAUGUUGCACUAGAAAACUGAGUGAAGCUCAGAGAAUGUUGUGGCUAACCGAAAGAGAAUGAGCUCUUUUUGUGGUGGCUGAAGAAAUAAAGUUCUGUCCCAUAUGUAACAUAAUACAAUGCUAUAAUUUACAAUGUUUACGUUAGUGUAGCACUUUGCUAUUUCUUCAAAUAGAGGCCUAUUGACUACCAGAAAUCAGCGAUAAUCUGACAUUGCAUUUUGGUCCAGCUUGUCCAACAAAACCUAUGAAUUCAAUGAGUAGGAUAGAAUAUGGGAUUGUGCUGAGUGGGUGUGUAAAUCCACCAUUUGGCAAUGCAAUGUGAACAGUCUGCACACAGAAAUCUGAGCUGUUAAGUGUUCCCCAUAACCAACUGCUUUGUGUGGCAUAUGGUUACCCAAUUCCUACAGUACACACUUCUACACAGCUCUAACUCAGUACCCCUGGUUUGGCUUUUAGUCCUGAAAGGAGAGGUUCUAAAAUACAGUAACUACAAGUCCUUUCAUAUGGAUUUUCGACAUGUUGAAAUAGGGUCAGCCUCAGUAACAACAGGCUUUUUGUUAAAUGUCUGUAAUGCAUGCUGAUACCCAGACACCCAUUAUUCCUACCUUAUUAAAGUCUAUGAUCUUGACACAUUUUACUUCGAAAUUAUAUCAAGCUCUUUGCUAUGGUCGCUUCUGACAAAGCAGACGGCCAUGAAUGAGUGUCCAUUUUGUCUACCAAUACAAAACCUAUUGACUGUUAGCAUAAACCCACCCAGCUUACUACAGUAAAGUCUGAGGAAUUGGAAGACUGACUAUUGCAAUGGAUGUGCAUGUGAACCUAUGGACAGACUAAGAAAAUAACUGCACUAAGUUUGUUUGUUUGUCUUUGGACAUAAUGCCAUUAAAAUAAAGAAUAAAUACAUUUAAUUUAAAAAAUGUAAGAGAGAAGGUUGGACGACAGACUUAAGUCUCUGGGAGCAACCUUCAAAGCCAUGUGCUCAGAGCGCUGACAAUCAGAACAGGGAGGACCCACGUGCACUAUGGGAGAUCUGUCGUCAAUAGCUGGGCUCCUGCUAAUUCCUGCCUUGUUGCUUCCAGCUUUGCUAUUGGUCCAUGUGAGCUACUUACUCCAGAGUGGAGGCCCGUGGCAGUUCCAACUCCAGCCCUCAGGAUUACCUGGGCCAGUGUUUCCCAACUCCGGUCCUCGAGUAGCCCUAACAGCACACCGUUUUGUUUUAGUCCCGGACAAAAACACCUGAUUCAACUUCUCAAAGGUUUGAUGAUAAGUUGACAAGUAGAAUCAGUUGUGAUUGUCUAGGACCACAACAAAAAUAUGUACUGUUGGGGGUACUCGAGGACCGGAGUUGGGAAACACUGGCUUAAGGCAACUUAUUGGUUCUCAGUGCACCUCUCUCAGCUACUGUAGAUUUGAUUGAGAACCUGAUUGUUUUUAGAUAGAAGUUCCACUUAAGUACUGAUCCAGGACCUGCUGUGUUUUUACUCCUAAAUGUCAUGUUCAAGAUGAGGGUAGCUUAAGCUGAUCCUAGAGCAGCGCUUUGGGGUAACUUAGCCUACUUGACAAAUCUAUAGGACAAGUGACUUGACAUUUGUCGAUCUCUUAGAGAUUGGGUUCCUUAGGGUUGGAACCUGGCAAAAUGGUUUUAAUGGAACUCUGUGACUGCUUUAUAUUUUAAAUGACGAUGAUUAAAAUGUGUAUGCGCUUUCUAACUCAAGCAUCAAUAAUAUAUACAAGACAAACACAAGAUGACACUUUUGAUGUUGCAUAAAGAAUACAAAAUCUCCAUCCUCGUUAUGUUUUUUCCUUCCACCAUCAGUUUUAGUUGAGGUUGACAUUUGUGUAGUUCAAGAGUAACUGAUUUCUUUCAAAUGCAACAUUGAGAAGUCUGCUUUUUAAUAAAACUCCUUACUUCACCAUA